AUGAGCAAAAUUUGGGAAAUGCAGUGUGGCUUUAAGCUGGGUAGGAGGGAAUUUGGCCGUUGGAAGGUAAACAACUUAGCCGUUGAGAGGAAGAAUUUUCUUGGUUCCCCGUUGCCUCUCGCCCCUGAAUUUUUCCGAAACGUAAGGCUACUAGGACGUAGACCAACUCUUCAGCAGAUCACAGAAAACCUUAUCAAGAAGUAUGGGACCCAUUUCCUGCUGUCAGCUACCCUGGGAGGAGAAGAGUCUCUCACAAUUUUUGUGGACAAGCGGAAGCUGAGUAAGAGAUCAGAAACAAGUGAUCCCAGCAUUAACAGUACCACAGUGACUCUGGAAACACUACACCAACUGGCAGCCUCUUACUUUAUUGACAGGGAUAGCACCCUGAGAAGACUUCAUCAUAUUCAGAUUGCUUCCACUGCCAUAAAGGUGACAGAAACCCGGACUGGUCCUCUUGGCUGCAGUAACUAUGACAACCUAGAUUCUGUCAGUUCUGUUUUGGUACAGAGUCCAGAAAAUAAGAUUCAGUUGCAAGGUCUUCAGCUUAUCCUGCCCGAAUAUUUGCAAGAGAGGUUUGUGCAGGCAGCUCUGAGCUACAUUGCAUGCAAUUCAGAGGGAGAAUUUAUCUGCAAGGAGAACGAUUGUUGGUGUCAGUGUGGUUCCAAAUUCCCAGAAUGCAACUGUCCAUAUAUGGAUAUUCAAGCUAUGGAAGAGAGCCUGCUACGCAUCAGUGAGACCUGGAAUACUUACAAUAGUGAUUUUGAAGAUUCAGAUGAAUUCAAGUUCUUUAUGAAAAGGCUGCCCAUGAACUAUUUCCUCAACACAUCUGCCAUUAUGCACUUGUGGACAAUGGAUUCAAAUUUCCAGCAUCGCUAUGAGCAACUGGAAUCCAGCAUGAAACAACUAUUCCUUAAGGCACAGAAAAUUGUUCAUAAGCUCUUUAGCCUAAGUAAGAGGUGUCAUAAACAGCCACUCAUCAGCUUGCCAAGGCAAAGAUCAUCUCUCUAUUGGCUAAAUCGCAUCCAGUCCUUCCUUUACUGCAAUGAAAAUGGCCUUCUGGGCAGCUUUUCUGAAAAGACUCAUUCAUGUACAUGCCCAAAUGACCAGCUUGCCUGCCUUGGCUCCCUACCAUGUAGUGUGGGAGAUGGUUCUGCCUGCCUGACAUGUGCACCUGAUAAUCGUACCCGCUGUGGGACCUGUAACACUGGAUACAUGCUGAGCCAAGGGCUUUGCAAGCCUGAAGUGGCAGAUUCCACAGAACACUACAUUGGGUUUGAGACUGACCUACAGGAUUUGGAGAUGAAGUAUUUAUUGCAGAAAACGGACCGCCGGAUUGAGGUCCAUGCAAUCUUCAUCAGCAAUGACAUGCGUCUCAAUAGCUGGUUUGACCCUUCCUGGCGCAAACGGAUGCUUCUUACCCUAAAGAGCAACAAGUACAAAUCUAGCCUGGUCCAUAUGAUAUUGGGUCUCUCUCUUCAAAUUUGCCUAACUAAGAACAGCACCUUGGAGCCUGUCCUGGCUGUUUACGUCAACCCCUUUGGAGGCAGCCACUCUGAGAGUUGGUUUAUGCCUGUUAAUGAAAACAGUUUCCCAGACUGGGAACGGACUAAACUGGACUUACCACUUCAGUGUUAUAACUGGACGCUGACUCUAGGCAACAAGUGGAAGACAUUUUUUGAAACAGUCCACAUCUACUUGAGGAGUCGUAUUAAGUCAAAUGGUCCCAACGGCAAUGACAGCAUCUACUAUGAACCCCUGGAGUUUAUUGAUCCCUCCCGGAACCUGGGCUAUAUGAAAAUCAACAGCAUCCAAGUGUUUGGCUACAGCAUGCACUUUGACCCGGAAGCAAUCCGAGAUUUGAUUUUGCAACUGGACUACCCCUACACUCAGGGAUCCCAGGACAGUGCACUCUUACAGCUACUAGAGAUACGGGACCGUGUAAAUAAACUUUCUCCUCCUGGUCAACGUCGUCUAGAUCUUUUCUCAUGCCUACUGCGUCAUAGACUCAAGCUUUCUACCAGUGAAGUGGUGAGGAUUCAAUCAGCUUUGCAGGCCUUCAAUGCCAAAUUGCCAAACACAGUGGAUUAUGACACAACCAAAUUAUGUAGUUAA